AUGAAAAGUCCCAGUCGCGCCGUGCAUGGCAACCACGACCUUGACAGCGACAAGGAUGACAAGAGCAGCGCACGCAAGCUGCUGAAAUCCAAGGUUCUAGAGGUCCCCCAUCAGGUGCGCAAGAAGUACGGCUUCAUCAUCCUGUGGGCAGCAGUUGGCCUGGACCUCGUCAUCUCUGUGCUGGGGUACCCGGUGAUAGGGCAGGCAGUCAGUGCGCUCUUCGUCAUCGUGUACCUAGCGGACCACAUCAGCAUUCGGCGGGCCCUGUGCUCCUUCUGGUUCGCCGUGAUCGAUGUGUUCUUCCGAGAGAUCUCGGUCGGCGGCGACUCGAAGCUUCUCCACCUCAAGGACGGGAGGGCGGUGAUCUUUGUUUGCGCUCCCCACGUGAACCAGUUCAUCGACCCGAUCGUCGUGAUGAAGACGGUGGCGGAGACGACAGGACGGCACGUCAGCUGGAUGGUUGCUGACAUCUCGUACAAGCGCAAGGUCAUCGGGUUCUUCGCCAAAGUCCUCAGGGGCAUCCCAGUGGCCCGGCCGGCGGACUACGAGACAGCGGGAGCAGGCUUCAUCACUGCGGAAAGGAGCGCAGUGAGGGGUCAUGGAGGGACGCGGUUCACGCAGCAGCUAGAGAAGGGGUCGGUGAUCAUCGUGAAGAAGGAUGGGGUGAAGGCUUCGGGGAAGGUCGGGAGGGUGAUCGACGAUGAAAACCUUGUUCUCACAGCUCCACUCUCUUACAAGAUCGAAUGCAUGACGAGUCUGGUACAGCUCGUCUCCGCCAUGGGCUACAGUUUCCCCAACUGGUGGCCUGCCGUGUGGAUGGUCUGCUUGCAGAUCGCAUGCUUGGUUACUCAUCUUUUGUACGCGUGGAUUCGAGAUGGUGUGAUGCACUCGGCCAUGGUUGGAGAAUACUUCAGAGAUUACCACAAAGCCGUCCACCUUUCAAAACCAGACGACACCAAAGGAGAGGAGCAGGCAGGUUUACUGGAGAAGGAGGGUGAAGUCACGAGGGAGUUGAACAUCUCUGACCCGACUGCCUUCACUUUCCUUCCCUACGUCGACCAAUCGGAAAUGUUCAACCAGGUACACGAGCACCUGCAGAAAGGAGGGACGAUCGGGAUCUUUCCGGAGGGAGGGACGCACGACGGGACCAACCUGCUGCCCCUCAAGUGGGGAGUCUCCACCAUGGUGCUCGGGGCGCUGGCCAAGUACGAGGGGAAGCAACCGUUAAAGAUCUCUAUCAUCCCCGUCGGGCUGAACUACUUCGCCCCUCACAAGUUCAGGAGCACGGUGAGCGUUGACUUCGGCGACGCCAUCGAAAUCAGCGAGACGCUGGUGGAGAAGUACAAGAACGGGAGCAAGGAGGACAAGCAGGAGGCGAACAGGGAGGUUAUGGAGCUCGUCAUGCUCGGUGUUCGCUCCUGCACCCUCUUGGCAAAGGACGUGGAGACGCUGCAUCUCUUCCGCACGCUGAGGAGGAUCUACGUGCCGCAGGGCACGCGGCUGUCCGUGGCGGACAACGUGGCGCUCACGCAAGGGUUCGCCGUCGGGUUUGACCGGGUCAAGAACGACCCGCGGGUGGAGGCCCUUAUGCGGGGGGCGUCGGAGUACAGAAAGAUGCUGCUGGAGUACCGGGUGAGGGACCACCAGGUUCAGAGGUUCCAGGGGAGGCUCUUCUCCCCCCAGCAGGCCCGCGUCCUCCGCUGGACGAUUCUCAUGCGCGUCCUCACGCUCGUCUCCCUCGCGCUGCCCAUCUUCCCCUGGAUCCUGUCGCUCGCUCCCUGCGGGCUCAUCGGGCGGGUGGUAUCGGACAUCCAGGCAAGAAAGGUGAAGAAGAUGAGCGUCAUCGGGACGUGGAAGGUGCUCAUGGCCAGCGCGUUCGUCCCCCUCAUCCACGUCAUCUACACGGCAUGCUGCUGGUCGAGCUUCGGGCGCGUCGCGGGGCUCCUGUGGUUCUUCUUCGCUCCACUUGCCUUCGUCUUCAUGAUUUUCGCGUCCGAGGAUGAAAUCAGGAUCUUCCAGUCUCUCAACGCCCUCCUGCUCAUCUUCAGGAACAAGGACAUCGGCAACGAGUUGUACCACAGGAGGACGCAGCUGAGGAAGGAGCUGCUCGCCCUCCAGCAGGAGCAGCGGUGGUUGUCCGGCAUCGACAGCAGCCUCAAGCAGACUCUAGAGCGGCGACAGUCCGCAUCCAACGACUUCUUCACUAUCGACGACAAGAAGGAGGAGGAUGCCUAG